UGAGCAUCCUCCCACCUCCGUGCAGUCCUGCCUUCUCGGCCGCUGCCAACUUCGCUCACCGGGGCUCGCGGGUGGCUGGAAGGGUCGAGGACUUGCCUGGUCCCUGCACCUGCACCUCAUGGCCGGCGUCGAGGCAGGAGUGCGGGCCACGUUCGGAGCCUGGGACUAUGGAGUCUUCGCCCUCAUGCUGCUGGUGUCCACCGGCAUCGGGCUGUGGGUCGGGCUAGCGCGAGGCGGGCAGCGCAGCGCCGAGGAGUUCUUCACCGGGGGCCGGCGCCUGGCGGCCCUGCCCGUCGGCCUCUCAUUGGCCGCCAGCUUCAUGUCGGCAGUACAGGUGCUGGGAGUGCCAGCCGAGGCCUAUCGCUACGGCCUCAAGUUCCUCUGGAUGUGCCUGGGACAGCUGCUUAACUCUCUGCUCACUGCUCUGUUCUUCCUGCCGGUCUUCUACCGCCUGGGCCUCACCAGCACCUACCAGUACCUGGAGCUGCGCUUCAGCCGCGCUGUGCGGCUCUGCGGGACCCUGCAGUAUCUGGUGGCUACAACCCUGUACACCGGCAUCGUGAUCUACGCUCCCGCUCUCAUCCUGAACCAAGUGACCGGGCUGGACAUCUGGGCGUCGCUCCUGUCCACCGGAGCCAUCUGCACCUUCUACACUACUGUGGGUGGCAUGAAGGCUGUGAUCUGGACUGACGUGUUUCAGGUCUUAGUGAUGCUGACUGGUUUCUGGGUCAUCCUGGUCCGUGGGACUAUGCUCAUGGGUGGGCCUGAGCACGUGCUUGAGCUUGCCAAGAACCAUUCCCGGAUCAACCUGAUGGACUUUGACCUGGACCCAAGGAGCCGCUACACAUUCUGGACUUUUGUUGUGGGUGGCACAUUGGUGUGGCUCUCAAUGUAUGGCGUGAACCAAGCACAGGUGCAGCGCUAUGUAGCCUGUCGCACAGAGAAGCAGGCCAAGCUGGCCCUGCUCGUCAACCAACUGGGCCUGUUUCUGAUUGUGUUCAGCGCUGCUGCCUGUGGUAUCGUCAUGUUCACACUCUAUAUUGACUGUGACCCUCUCCUUGCAGGGCGUAUCUCCGCCCCAGAUCAGUACAUGCCCCUGCUGGUGCUGGAUAUCUUCAAGGACCUGCCUGGAGUCCCUGGGCUCUUUCUGGCCUGUGCCUACAGCGGCACCCUCAGCACCGCAUCCACCAGCAUCAAUGCCAUGGCUGCUGUCACUGUGGAAGACCUCAUCAAACCUCGGCUGCCAAAUCUGUCCCCCAGGAGACUCGUAAUCAUCUCCAAGGGGCUCUCGCUCAUCUAUGGCUCUGCCUGUCUCACCGUGGCAGCUCUGUCCUCCCUGCUGGGGGGCGGCGUCCUCCAGGGCUCCUUCACCGUCAUGGGAGUCAUCAGCGGUCCCCUCCUCGGAGCCUUCAUGCUGGGAAUGUUCUUCCCCUCCUGCAAUACGCCGGGCGUCCUGUCCGGGCUGGCGGUGGGCUUGGCGCUGUCGCUGUGGGUGGCCGUGGGCGCCACUCUGUACCCGCCGAGCGCGCAGUCCAUGGGAGUCCUGCCGUCAUCGGCCGCUGGCUGUGCUGUGCUGUCAGCCAAUGCCUCUGGCUUCCUGGACCCACUUCUUGCUGCCAACGCCUCCAGCAGGGCUUCCAGCCUUGAAAUGGAUCCUGAUCAAUCCACCUUAGCUGACAGCUUCUAUGCCAUUUCCUACCUCUAUUACGGUGCCCUGGGCACACUGAGCACCCUGUUAGGUGGAGCCCUCAUCAGCUGCCUGACAGGCCCCACCAAGCGCAGUGCCUUGGGUCCCGGUCUGCUUUGGUGGGACCUCAUGCGGCAGACAGCAUCGGUGGCCCCCAAGGAAGAAGUGGCUACCCUGGAUGACAGUUUGAUGAAGGGUGCUGAGGCACUGCCCCCCAGAGGCAAGAGCCCUCCUAACUUCCUGCCCAAUGCUGAGGACCAUCUGCCCUUCCUGGGGCAGAAGGAGGUGAAUGGAGCCAGCUCCAGGACCCCUGACAGUGAACAUGACAAAGGUUGUGACCUGCGGGAGACGGACCUCUAAGCCAAUCAGGGACUAAAUGCCUGGGAUGGAACCUCAGGGAGGCAAUCCCAGGCCAUGGGCCAAUGGCCGUAGGCUCCAAUUGGCUGGACCACAUCAUAUGCAAAUAAGCUUGGGACUACAUGCCCUUGCCCUAUGGGAAGUGGUGAAGCCCUGCUUGCAGAUCAUUUUAUCUUGCCUCCUGCUUCCAGGCAGCCCCUAGUCUUAGAUGCUGCACUCCUGCCUGCUCCCCCAAAAUGAGGCCAAAUUUUUCUCUACCUAUAAAAAAAAGAUGUUGGAGUCUUCUUUGAACAACACAAGAAACCCCCAGGCCCAACACUGGGGUCUGAGAAAGACCCCAGCUCUGAACGUUGGCAAUGAUUUUUGAGGUCCUCAGGCCCAACCCCCUGUACCCACUUCACAGGUGGCGAAACUGAGGCCUGGAGAAGGGCAUUGACUUGGCUAAGGUCACAGAGCAAACCAGAGACUCAUCAAGAGUUGGACACCAGCUCUCCUUCCUUCAUCCCCUCCCUGUGUUCAUCCAUUUGAAGGGACAGACAUCACAUGGCCCCUGAUCUUGGCAACAAGAAGGGAGAAGGAAGGAGAAAUAAGAUUUUCAUCCUUCCUUCUGUGCCUGGAUCCUUACCCAUCUUAUCCAUUGAAGACCGUGAACCCACUUUACAGAGGAAGAAAUUGAGGCUCAGUGAGAUUGCCUAAGGUCAGACAGCGAACUGGGUCAGAGCAGGGACAGGCCUAGAUGCUGCAUGUUGCUGAGGCUCAAUUGACGACAUGUCACUGGUAUACAGGGUCAGAUGGGCCAGGCGAGUUCAUGUACCAGGACACAACUAAGCCUUGGUUGGAGACUCUAUCCACGAACAUCAGAUAAAUAGACUCUGAAGCUUGAUAUUCUGUCUUCUCUGAAAACAUUUUGGCCAUUGCCUCAGAUGUCUCAGUCAGAUCUGAGUGCAAAUCUCUGUAUACCUUGCCCCAAGCCUGCGAAGGAUUAACCCAAGUAUUUAAAGCAUCAGAGUGAGAGGGGAGGGUAUAGCUCAGUGGCAGAACAUGUGCUUAGCAUGCCUGAGAUCCUGGGUUCAAUCCCCAGUACUUCCAUUAAAUAAUUAAGUAAAAUUAAUUAUCUACCCCACCAAACUGUAUGUAUGUUUAAAAAAUGAUAACAAUUUUUAAAACUUUAAAAAAUAAAGCAUCAGAGCAAGGUGAUCACACCCAUACUGGGGAGAGUCUUGGGAGGUGUAUUUAGUCAAAUUAAGAUAAGGUCAUACUGGAUUAAGAUAAGCCCUGCAUCUAAUGUCCUUAGAAGAUGAGAAGAAGCACAGACAUACAGGGGGAAAGCCAUGUGGACAUGGAGGCAGAGAUUAGAGGGAUGCCUCUGCAAGCCAAAAGAUGCCAAGAAUUGCUGGAGCCACCGGAAGCCAGGAGAAAGUCAUGGGAGAGUUCUUUCAGAGCCUUCAGAAGAAGCCUGGCCCUCGGCGGGGGUCCAUGUAGCUCAGCAAUAGUGUGUGCUUAGUAUGCACAAGGUCCUUGGUUCAAUCCCUCAUACCUCCAUUAAAAAAAGAAGAAAACAAGAAGCAUAGCCAUGCCAACAUCUUGACUUCGACUCUGGGCCUCCAGAACUGUGAAAAAAUUAAUUUCCAUUGUUUUAAGCUAUAGCAUCCUCGGGAAGCUAAAACACCCCUCCAGAUCUGGCUUCUUUCCCAUUCAGAGACCUGGCCCUCUGUGCAGGCUGUUUUGUGGAGACCUUUAGAUUUGGACUUAAAUGCGGCCAUCACAAAUUUUAAGUCAAUUACUGAGGAAAGUGGGAAACAGACCUUCCACUGAUGGAUGGUCCUUCCUCAGAGCAGAGUCCAAGUUGGAAAUGUGGAGGGGAGACGGGGGCGUGGGCGGGGCUAGAACCCCACAGUGCAGGCAGAACAAACUGGUUUGGCUGCCCUUUUAGGGACCCAGUCAUGUUUUCAUGUGUAUCAGUGGCUCAUCACUUACUCUUGCUGAGUCCUAUUGCACUGUAUAGGGGGACCACAGUUUGUUCAUCCAUUCACUAACAUUCAUGUUAUUUCCAGCUUUUGGCUAUUGCAAAUAAAGUUGCUUAUGCACAUUAGUGUACAAGUUUUUGUGUGAGACACUUUAAUUUCCCUUGGGUAAAUUCCUAGAAGUGAAAUGGCUGGAUCCAAUGGUAGGUGUAUGUUUAUUUCAGAAACUGUCAAACCAUUUUCCAAGGUGGUUGAUUCCCUUUACAGUGUCACGAACAAUGUAUAAGAGUUCUAAUUGCUCCACAUCCUUGCAGCGCUUAGUAUGGCCUGUCCUUUUAAUUUUGGCCACACUAGGGUGUAUGUGGUAGUAUCUCACUGUGGUAUUGAUUUAUAUUUCUCUGAUAACUUACGAUGUUGAACAUCUUUUCUUGUGCUUAUUGUCCAUCCAUGUAUUUUUAGCCAAGUGUUUGCUCAAAUCUUUUGUCCAAAAUUUUUAAAAAAUUGAAGUAUUGUUGAUUUACAAUGUGUUAGGUUCUGGUUGCUUCAAAUUUUAAUUGGGAUAUCUUCUUAUUAUUGUAAGAAUCCUUUCUAUAUUCUGGAUACAAGUUCUUCAUUGGUUACAGGCAUUGCCAAUAUUUUCUGCCAUGUCUUGCCUCCUCAGUUGCUUAAGACUGCCUUUGAAAGAGCAGAAUUGUAGUUCUGUUCUAUCAAAAAUUAUCACUUUUUUUCUUUUUCUCUUUUCUGUGGCAAAAUAUACAUAACAUAAAAUUUAUGAUUUUAGCCAAUUUUAAGUGUAUAGUUCAGUGUUAUUAAGUACAUUCACAUUGUUGUACAAUUACUACCAUCUAGCUUCAGAACUUUUUAAUCAUCUGAAACUGAAACUCUAUACCCAUAAAUACUAAUUUCCCAUUCUCCUCUCCCCUCAGCCCCUAGUAACCACCAUUCUACUUUCUUUAUCUAUGAGUCUGACUAUUCUAUGACUCUCAUGUAAGUGGAAUCAUAAAUUAUUUGUCCUUCUGUGUCUGGCUUAUUUCAUUUAACAUAAUAUCUUCAAGAUUCAUUCGUGCUGUAGCAGGAGUCAGAAUUUCUUUCCAUUAAAAGGCUAAUAUUCCAUUGUAUCUAUAUACCACAUUUUGUUUAUCAUUCAUCCAUCAAUCGACAUUUGGAUUGUUUCAACCUUUUGCCUACUGUGAAUAAUACUGCUGUGAACACUGAUGUCAAAAUAUCUGUUCAAUAUUUGAUUUCAAUUCAUUUGGGUUUAUA